CCGGCCGGAUGGAAUAGAAAAGCGCACCAAACAUUGGCUCUAAACCAGCAACCUCCAACUGCUACGAGGAUUGCAUGACCAUUGAACGUCAUUUAACCGUGCUUUAACCUAAAAUGUACUCUAGUAAACUUGGUCGUUUAGUGUUGGGGGUUUCUUGUCUUAAACCGACACGUGUCAGGAGUGGGCCGCUCCGCCCCGGGCUACGGACGGGCUUUAGCUGGACGUCAGUGUGUCAACAGCGGUCACUGUGGCUGAGGCGAAGUGUCCUAAUGGAUAACAACCAGCCUGCCUUACCUUGUCUAACCAGUGCCCGCUCAGUCUCUCAUACCACAGUCGACCCAAAUGAGGUGAGGAGGUUCCAGUCUCUGGCCAGUAAGUGGUGGGAUGAACAGGGAGAGUUUGCAGCUUUACACGCCAUGAAUGACCUCCGGGUGCCUUUUAUACGAGAUAACCUGCUGAAUGUUCACAGAGGACGUCCAACUGCAAAACCACUCGCAGGUCUCAAAAUACUAGAUGUUGGCUGUGGAGGAGGCCUGCUUACAGAGCCUCUUGGUCGCCUGGGUGCCUCUGUCCUUGGUAUAGAUCCAGUGGAGGACAGCAUUGGCACAGCACAGCUCCAUUCAUCCCAUGACCCAGACCUCUGCCACAGGGUCAAUUACAGGGCCUGCAGCCUAGAGGAGCUCACCUCUGAGAGGCCAGAGGGAGCAGAGGCUGAGGAGGUUGUGGGACAGUUUGAUGCAGUAGUUGCAUCUGAAGUGGUUGAACAUCUGGCUGACCUGGAAACAUUUGCACACUGCUGCAGCCUUGUAAUUAAGCCUGGAGGUUCCCUCUUCAUCACUACGUUGAACAAAACCAACCUGUCCUGGUUACUGGGGAUUGUGGUUGCUGAAAAUGUGCUGCGAAUUGUACCCCAGGGGACACAUGAUUGGGAAAAGUUUAUCAGCCCAGAGGAGCUAGAGCGCCUCCUAGAGUCCAAUGGUUUCUCAGUGCAGUCUGUCAAAGGGAUGUUGUACAAUCCAGUAACAGGAGACUGGAGCUGGACUGACAGUACAGCCAUCAACUACGCCCUUCAUGCGGUCAAACUCAGAGACGAACUUUUCCUGCAUCAGGCUGAAGAAGACAGUCCCCACACACAGGACUCUACAACACACAGUUGAGCCUGUCACCAAGGACACAAGCAAGUCUUAAAGGACUAGGGUUAUCUGAGUACACACCAAAGCAAGACCUGCGAGUUGUGAUAAAUGAGAGUGUGUAUUAUUGGCACAUUUCAAAAUAAAUAAACAGAAAUUGUGUGUGAUAUAAAUGGUUUUGAAUGUAGUAUACAUACAUAUAGAUAUACACACUGUGUGGCUAUGCAGAAGAUAAAACAUUUUGUCGCACGCAUGAGUAGUUACAUUUUCUGAGCUGUUGUGGAUUUAUUAUGU